AUGAAUGAAAAAUUUGUUAUAGAAGAAAUAAUAUUGAUAAAGAAGCCCUCUCUCUCUUGCGUGUUCUGGAAAGGUGUUCUGGAAGAACUGCUGUGGUUUAAUAAGGGUUCCACAAAUGCUAAGGAGUUCUCUGCCAAACGAGUGAAAAUCUGGGAUGCCAAUGGAUCUCAAGACUUUUUGGACAAGCAGGUGUUCAUUAUGAGGGGGGAAGGAGAUUUGGGACCAGUGUAUGGCUUCCAGUGGAGACAUUUUGGGGCAGAAUACAAAGAGAUGAACACGGAUCUUUUCCUGAUGGCACUGCUGCUAUGCCACUUCUGUUUUCUCAAUGGUGAGCCUUCUUGUCAGCUAUACCAGCGAUCUGGAGACAUGGGCUUUGGGGUGGCAUUCAACAUUGCCUGUUACUCCCUGCUCACCUACGUGAUUGCUCAUAUCAUGGGCCUGAAGCCAGGUGAUUUUGUGCACACUCUGGGAAAUGCUCGUAUGUACUUGAAUCAUGUUGAGCCACUGAAAAUCCAGCUGCAGCAAGAACCAAGACCUUUCCCUAAGCUCAAAAUUCUUCAAAAAGUUGAAACCAUUGAUGCUUUCAAGGCUGAGAUCUUCCUGAUUGAAGUCUACAACCCUCACCCAGCUAUUAAAAUGGAGAUGGCCGUCCAAAGUAGCCUAAUGCCCAGCUGA